UCCCCCCCCGUGUCCUCUCGUAUUUCACCUGCGCUCUGUUCUGACACUGCGGUGAGUUCGGACUUUCCCCGCCCCUUCAAAAGCACGCAGCAUAUCGGCUGCGCAUAUUUGUAAAGUGCACACCGACUUGUGCUCGUCAUUUCCUGCCGAUCCACAGAGGUCUCCACAGGUACUUUCUCCAAGAGGAUGGGUCCCCCCGCGUUCCUGUUGCUGGCUCUCGUGUUCAGCGGGACGCUUCUCAAUGUGUGUGCUACAGAAGGUGUAACUGCCCUGUAUGGAGAGAUCAUUGUUGUACCAUGCAACGGUGGAGCUGCGACCCCAAAGGACCUCAUAUUUGUCAAGUGGAAAUACGAGAAAGAUGACGGCACUGCUGGCGAUCUGUUGAUCAAACAGGCAAGCAGCAAGGAGGCCACGGUUCAGGCCACGGACAAUUACUCCGGCAGGGUCAGCAUAGACGACAAGUUAGGCCUGCUCAUCACAGAGGCCUCGCUCAAAGACCAGAAGAUCUUCACAUGUAUGGUGGUGUCGACCUCCAACCUCAUGGAGUACCCCGUCUCUGUCGUUGUUUACAAGAAACCGUCUUCAGUUGAGAUUAUGGACAAGUCUGAAGUACUGCAGAAGGACAGGACAACAACGGUUGGAACAUGUGUUGCGAGGGAUGCCAACCCCGCAGCUGCGAUCACAUGGAAAAAGAAUGGAAAGAUCCUGGUAGCUGAUGGGAAAGCCAUUGUCAUCACCCCAAGCAUAAAGCUGGACCCUGCCACGGGCCUGUCCACCACCGCGUCCAUCCUCCAGUAUGCAGCCUCCAAGGAGGACGCUGUGGCAGUCUUCACUUGCGUGUCCAAACACCAGCUGAGCAGUCAGGAAGCAGAGCUGGAGCCUUUCCCCGUUCACUAUCCAUCGGAGAAGGUGAGCCUUCAAAUUUUGUCCAAGGGGCCCAUUGUAGAAGGAGUUAACGUAACGCUGAAGUGUCACGGUGAUGGCAACCCUCCACCCAGCUCCUUUUACUUCCACAUCAAGGACCAGAAAAUGCUGGUGAAAAAUUCAGACACCUACACUUUGGCCGCCAUCAGCAGAGAGGCAGGGGGUGUAUAUAAAUGCUCCCUGACUGACAACGAGAAAAUGGAGGCAUCACAAAGCAUCGUUGUUAGCUACAUGGACCUAAGUCUGACCCCCACUGGGAGGGUUGUUAAGACCAAAGGGGACACCUUGUCCGUGAUGAUGGAGAAGAGGGCCUCGGCUGACACUAAAGUGUCGUGGACAAAGAAUGGAAAGGCACUGAAGGAGCCAGUGUUCAGUAAUUUGACCUAUGGCGAUGCAGGACUCUACGUAUGUGAAGUUUCCAUGACUGGCCUCGAAAAACGUCAGAGCUUUGAACUGAUUGUAGAAGGAAAGCCUGUGAUCACUAGUCUUACCGAACACAGAGCUGACGGCGACAAUUACAAGGUUUUGACAUGCGAGGCUGAGGGAGUACCCGAACCCAACUUCCAAUGGAGCGUCAAUAGCACAAAUGAGAAGCGCUCCUACAUCAACGGCAAGGCCACCCAUAAAAUCUCUGUGAUCCCCAAUGUGAAUCUGACCGUCACCUGCAGCGUCAGCAACAAGCUUGGAGAAGAUGUCAAUACCAUCAACGUUUCCUCCGUUUUUAAGGAGCAAAAGGAGGAAAAAGGGUCUCCAGAGGAUUCAGAGGACCAGGCUAAGCUCAUAGUGGGAGUGUUGGCAGGGCUCCUCAUAGGUGCUGCCUUCCUGGGAUUGAUCUACUGGCUCUACAUGAAAAAUGCAAGACAAGGAAGCUGGAAAACUGGUGAGAAGGAGGUGGGAACAUCGGAGGAGAGCAAGAAACUGGAGGAGAAUAAUCACACUGUUUAAAUACCCUCAGACUGUGAUAUAUGGGAUGGAAAAGGUACACAAAAAGGCCGGAAGGGGAACUCCAAUCAAGCUUCAGUUUGAACGUCAAAAUACAUCUCAAGUAUAAUUUAAGUUUAUUACAAAAUCCAUCUUAUAUGUCAUCAUUCGUUUUAGUUUUUUUAAUUCAACAAAAUGUUAGCAGUACAGCCCAACAUCACAAAUUUGCCUCAGUGUUAUCUUAAUCAGAUCAGUUUAGACUUUUGGUCAGAACAAUCAUAACGGUGUGGUAAUACAAGCUUCUGGGUUUAUCAGACAAUGUGGAUUUGGUGUGGUGGCCACACAUGGGCUUGUUGCAAUGUGAGGUUUGCAAAUCAAACUUCACCCACCUAAUUUGUAUGAUAGAUUAUUCUAUAUUUUGGAUAACACUUUCUCAAAAAUCUAAGGGGGUUUUUGAGGCCAGCACCCCCCCCCUCGCCUCAAUACAUCUAAAUUGAAUACCCAUAAAUGAACGACAAAGGGCAUCUGAUUGACAUUUUUGGAUCUCAUGUUUACUUGAAAAACUAGCACACAAAUUAAAUAACCAUUUCAUCAUGACAGGCGGUGCCUCAGUUUAUUUUAUUCAUCUUUAUUGUGGGUGCAGACAUAUGUACCGCAUACACAUGCGACGGCAAUGACAGUCUCUUGGUCCAUCACUUGAAACAGUGAAAUAUGAGAAUGCUGAUCUUUUUCCAGCACAAGAAAGGGUCAAAAUGCUGAUUGUUCAAACUUUUCCUAAUGACGCAUAUUUAAUUAACAUGCUAUUGUGUUAACUAGUAAGCAGGUUAGCCGGCUUCCAGCUCCAGUACCAGCUUGUGUGUUCAGUGUUAGGGUAAUCAUCUCACCUGGAAGGUUUUUCACAUCUGACUUUUCCCAUAUCUCCUCAAGCACUUUGGUGAGUAAGAUUGACAUAUUUGAUAGGAUUGAUGGCCAAGAACUAAUGAAAUAAAAUCUACGUUGUAAUAGAUUGGAAUUAUCCUUUAA